GUAAAAUUGGAUUUUGGCUUGCAAACAGAGGUCACAAGUUAACACGGUCACAGUUCCUUAAUUCAGCCCGUUUCACGAUGUGACGCCGAGAGUCCUGUGUUGAAUCCAGAGAUCUGGAGCUGCUUAUGUAAAGAUCGGUGGCUCGGUGGUUCGAGAGUGUCGUCUCGCGGCGCGUCGUCUUUUAGCGCGUGUUCGAAACCCGUGCCAACACAGAUUUACUUUAUUUUAUUUUUUUUGUUUAUCCUACUUACUUCAGCCGCUACGGGCGAUCAUACCUAUAACUUGUUAUCUCUGCAAGAAUAUCAAAAUCAUGCAAUGAGCAAGUCUGCUUUUAUUAGGCACUUAAUAUCACGUCAGUUUGUGCUUUCAGAAUCGGCGAAUCUGCUGCCGUCGUUCCAGCACAUCUGCAGCGGAGACCUAAACAGGAAGUUGGUCACCAGAUAACACGGUAACCAGUUAAACCGUAACACCGGCCCGGUCAUGGCAGCUGGAUGCAGGAAGCAAUUGUUUUCAGAAUAGACAUUAAACAACAAGGAGCAAAAACUACGCCGUUUUAAGAAGUAACGUUAUUUACGGACUUACCAUUAGCUUUCUGGUGCUGGUAAAUAUGGCUACGACAGCUCAGUUAUUCGAGGAACCGUUUGAUGCUGAUGAGUAUAUUGAGAGACUGGCUUGGAGAACACCUGGAGGAGGAUCCAAAGGAGGUGCAGAGGCAUUUGAUCCCAAAAAGUUGCUGGAAGAGUUUGUGAACCACAUUGAGGAGCUAAAACUGCUGGAUGAAAGGAUUCAAAGGAAGGUGGAGAAGUUGGAGCAGCAGUGUCACCGUGAAGCCAAGGAGUUUGCCCACAAGGUCCAAGACCUGCAGAGGAGCAACCAAGUAGCCUUCCAGCACUUCCAGGAGUUGGAUGAACAUAUCAGUUACGUGGCCACCAAGGUAUGUCAUCUGGGAGAUCAGCUAGAAGGAGUCAAUACUCCAAGACAGAGGGCAGUGGAGGCUCAGAGACUCAUGACAUACUUCAACGAGUUCCUGGAUGGAGAACUGCGCAGUGAUGUCUUCAACAAUCCUGACAAGAUAAAAGAAGCUGCAGACAUCAUUCAGAAGUUGCACCUGAUCGCUCAGGAGCUGCCGUUUGAUAGAUUUUCUGAUGUCAAGGCCAAGAUAGCAAGUAAAUAUCAUGACCUUGAGCGUCAGCUGAUCCAGGAGUUCACAGCAGCUCAGCGAAGGGGAGAGAUUGGGCGCAUGCGUGAGGUGGCUGCAGUCCUGCUACAUUUUAAGGGUUAUGCCCACUGUGUGGAUGUCUACAUUAAGCAAUGCCAAGAGGGAGCGUACAUGCGGAACGAUGUGUUUGAAGACAUUGCAAUUCUGUGUCAGCGGGUUAAUAAACAAGUUGGAGAGGUUUUCUGCAGUCCAGAGACUGUCAUGGCGAAACUCAUUCAGAGCAUCUUUGAGAAUAAGAUACAGGCUCAUGUCAAAGAAAGACUAGAUGAGACCCGCAACUCUGAUGUGGAGCAAUACCUCAAGAACCUCUAUGACCUCUAUACACGGACAACGGCACUGGCUGCUAAACUCUCAGACUUUAACUUGGGCUCAGACAAGCACACGUUUCUAUCUAAGCUGAUAAAGAAUAUAUUCUCCUGUUACCUGGAGAGCUACAUAGACAUGGAGCGACAAUAUCUGCAAAACCGCAGUGGCAUGAUUCUUCAGCGCUUUUAUGACUCCAAGAACCACCAAAAACGACCUGUAGGCACUGGAAGCAUCCAGGAACUUAAAGAGAGGAUCAGACAACGCACUAACCUGCCUUUGGGACCCAGCAUCGACACACAUGGAGAGACUUUGCUCUCACAAGAGGUUGUAGUCAACCUGCUGCAGGAAACCCGACUUGCCUUUGAGAGAUGCAACAAGUUGUCAGACCCAGCAGAUCUACCAAAAAAUGCCUUCUCCAUUUUCUUGCUUUUGGUGGAGUAUCUGUGUGUGGACCAUAUAGACUAUGCCCUUGAGAUUGGGCUGUCAGCCAUCCCGUCUGCGGAUGCCAAAAAUGCCAACCUUUACUUUCUGGAUGUGGUUCAACAGGCCAACACAAUCUUUCACCUCUUUGACAAGCAGUUUAACGAUCAUCUUAUGCCUCUUAUUAGCUCCUCUCCUAAACUGACGGAGUGCCUGCACAAGAAGAAAGAGGUGAUCGAACAGAUGGAGGUGAAGCUGGACACCGGGAUUGAUCGGACACUAAAUUGUAUGAUAGGCCAGAUGAAGCACAUCCUGGUGACUGAGCAGAAGAAAACCGACUUCAAGCCCGAAGACGAGAACAAUGUCAUGAUACAGUACACUACGGCUUGCUCAAAGGUGUGUGCCUAUGUGAACAAGCAGGUGGAGCGUGUGCGGCGGUCCAUGGAUGGUAAGAACGUGGACACGGUCUUGACCGAGCUGGGAGUGCGGUUCCACCGGCUGAUCCACGAGCACCUGCAGCAGUUCAGCUACAGCUCCAUGGGUGGUAUGCUGGCCAUCUGUGAUGUGGCAGAAUACCGCCGCUCCGCCAAAGAUUUCAGAGUUCCUCUCGUGCUCCAGCUCUUCGACACGCUUCAUGCUCUGUGUAACCUCCUGGUUGUGGCUCCGGACAACCUCAAACAGGUGUGCUCUGGAGAGCAGCUGACCAACCUCGACAGGAACCUCCUCCACGCUUUCGUCCAGCUGAGAGUAGACUAUCGCUCAGCCCGACUGGGACGCCAUUUCAGCUAAUGACCGGCAGGGCUGCCAACAGAACUGCCAUCCGUUCAGAGCUGCGACAAACACAAGUGGCCAAUCUUGAGUGGCUUUUGAACCGUCUUUGUCUAUGAUUCGGUGUCAAAUUAAACUUUGAGCAUCCGUUUCCAAGCCCAACAUUUCCCAGGUAGCUCAAUUUUAAGUUCUGCGUUUUGUUCUAUAUGCAGGUUUUAAUGCGAGCGUAGUGCUUUGCCCAUAUUUUGUUUAUGAUAUCAUUUUAAAAGGAUAUAUAAUGAAGGUAGAGAGCUGUUUUGUACAUUUUUCCCUGUGUCUUCGGCUUCUAAUAGAGAGAGGAUGAUCGUCUUGAAUAGAUGAACUGAGGUGGGCCACUCAAAUGAUUCUGCCACUGGAUUUGGGUGGUCAAGAGACUCAUUUUCAUUUGCUUUUAUUUUGAUUGUGCCAAAUCCAUCCUCUGUGGCUCUACUUGGAGUAACGGGGGUGGUCUCCACACUGCUCUGGAUCAAUGAGUUUGUCCAGCUCAUUUCACUCAGGCUCUUGUGCACACAUAGGGCUUCAAAGAGAAGACAAUUACUGUUUUGAGCUGAACAAUGCAGAUGUUAUACAACUGUUUCCAUGCUUUGAAAGCUAAUUUAGUUCUAAAAUCAUUUCAUACUCUUAGAAUAACAUCUUCAAUGGUUUUAAACAUGAGUGCAUCAGAAUUCUGUUAAAAAAUAACAAUAGAAUCAGUGGUUUCACUUCCAUGCGCCCGACAACCUGCAAAACUGACCUUUCCAAUGCUAAAAUGUAACUUGAUACAUGAACAACAGUUAUUUUGGAGACGUAAAUGGAAAAUAUUGCAUCCGUGCUAACAGCCUGCUGUUUACUAAAACUGAAGUAAAAUUUGCAGAUAUAGCAUUAACAUAUUUAAUAAAAUAAAAUAAAAAUACACUAGGCAAGCAGCAUUAAUAGUUGUUUCAAAGGGCUCGGAUCACAUAUUGUUGUUCUUAUUUUGGAACCUUUAAUGCAAGACACUUUCAUCUGACAGGGAUGUGUUGAAUGCAGUAAUGUUAUAGGAGUAGUUUAACCCUUAACCUCUGAUGAAGAGGCAGGGGUCAAGAUCUUUGACCUCUAGGAAUGACUUAGGUGUGUUAGACUAUUAGAAAGGAUUGGAUGGUCUGAUGUUUGAUUCCGUUAUACUGUACUGAUUUCAAAAUUGAAUUUAUGUUAAAAUGAUGCUAUUGUUUGUACAAGCUGCUCAUUAUAAUCUAUUUCCAAAAAUAAAAUGUGUGAAACAAUG